GGUGGGCGGGGGCGGGCUGAAAGUUGGAGCUAGCAGGAAGUGAGCCGCCGGCUGCCCCGGGAGGAAGCAGCCUAGGCGAGUUCAGCUGCUGACAGGCCUGAGCUGCUGGGAGUCAUGGAGGAAGCCAGUGGAGGUGGAGGAAAUGAUCAUGUGCGGAACCUGCAGAGCCAGGUGGAGGGAGUCAAGAAUAUCAUGACCCAGAAUGUGGAGCGGAUCCUGGCCCGAGGAGAAAACCUGGACCAUCUCCGCAACAAGACAGAGGAUCUGGAAGCCACAUCUGAGCACUUCAAGACGACAUCGCAGAAGGUGGCUCGGAAGUUCUGGUGGAAGAACGUGAAGAUGAUUGUCCUCAUCUGCGUGAUUGUUUUUAUCAUCGUCCUCUUCAUCGUGCUCUUUGCCACUGGUGUCAUCCAUUAAGUAACUUAGGGAGCCCCACCCACCCUGCCCUCUUCUUCGGGGGCAACCCCUCAUGAUAGGUGCCAGGAGGGCCCUGCCCUCUCUCCUGUCCUCCUCCACAGGGAAUGCUGCUAGGUCCUACUGCCCCUCACCCUGAGGCUCCUCUGCCAUGUCAUAGGCCUCAGGGAGCACCUUGGUCCCUCAGAAAGAGAGAGCUGGACUGCAGCUGCAUUUCACGGGUCCUUAGAGUGGGUUGGAGAGACCCAGAGGGCCCAGUGUGCGGCUGGGAAGCAGUUGGUGGCUAGCGGGCAAUAAAGACCUUUCAGUAUC